AUUCGGAUCUCAUUUUUUCAAACUUAUUUGUUUUUUCUUUCUGGUUGUUGAUAUGCAAUAGUUUUAAUUUUUGUUUUUGUUUUAUCCAAACACAAUCCAUUAUGUAUCGAAAACAUUUCAAUAUCAAUCAGAUUAGAAUUGUAACCAUAUUACAAUCGGCUACAAUUUAUUGUCAUUUAUUAUUAUUAUCAAUAUCAUUAUAUUUACCAUCAAUGAUUGAUGGUAAAUAUCUUGAUUCUGAACCAGACGAUCAACAACAGCAACAACAACAACAACAACAUCAUCAUUCACAUCAACAACAACAGACAGUAGUUCAACAACAACAGCAGCAAAAUAUUCCAUCACAUCUUCAACAUCAAAAAGUGAUAUUUAAACCAUUACAAUUGAAUGAUUAUCAUGCCAAACAAUUGUUAAAACAGACAAUCGAUGCUCAAUAUUCAAACAACAAUAAUAAUAUUGAUCAAUAUGCAAAACCUAGUGAUGAAUAUAUAAAAGUGACAGAAGAUUAUGACAAAGAAUCUAUAAAGCAUGAUGAUAAACAUUCAUAUACUCAUCAACCAUAUGGUUUUGGUUAUAAUAUUGAAGAUGGCUAUGGUAAUAAACAAUGGCGUCAUGAAAAAAGUUCCAGUCCACAUCAAGUAAUUGGUUCGUAUGGAUAUAAAGAUAAAAAUGGUAUAUUACGUGAAGUUGAAUAUGUAGCUGAUAAAUAUGGAUUUCGUGCUGUAAUUAAAACAACUGAACCGGGAACAGCUAAUAGUGAUCCAGCAUAUGUAAAAAUGAAUUCCAAUCCAAUUUCGGCUGAAUAUUAUUCAGCUAAUGGCGCCACCGAAGGUUAUUCAUCAACACCAGUUAAAACAAAAGAAUUGCCUAAUUAUCAGGAACAGGCAUUAGUUGCAGCCGGUUAUAAACAACAUCAAUCAUCACCAACAUUAUAUCAUAAUGAACCGAAUGCACAAGAACCAACAUUUUUGGUUGCUUCAUAUGGUGCGGGUGCUGAUAAUGGACAUAAACCAAACGGUCCAACCGUUUCGUUAGGACCAUAUGAAGGUAAUGAUUAUCUGGUUGGUCCGGAAUCCAAUCAUAUCCAUCAAACAUCAGAUAAACAUUAAAGAAAUAAAAAAAAAUUUUGUUUGUUUGUUUUUUUCCGCUUUUGUGCUUUUGUGUAUCAUUAUUAGUUUUGACUUAAUUAUUCCAAACAAAAAAAUGAGAAUAAAA